CUUCUGUUGAAUCUACAACCACACAUAUAAAGCAAAUGAGUGAAAAUGAAAAAUCAGAUAAAGUUUUCGAUCCAGAUAUCAAACUUCUUAUUAAAAUUGAUCAAACUUAUGGUAACAAUUGUGGAUGCUUUGUAGACAUCAGAACAGGUUAUUUUGUUCAGAUUUAAAGGUCAAUCAAAGGGAUACAAUGAUCAGCACUAGAAUCCAAUUUUGUGCAGGCUUCAAUGUUCUUGCUGUCUGUUGCAGCUCUAAGGACUGGAGUAGAGAGUGAAGAGGAUAAUGACAUGUAUGUUAUAAAGCUUCUUGACGUGUAAGAAGAGAGAGAAAGAUCGAUCCCCGUCAAUGGCAACAAGUUCUAGUGACGAUAUGAUUGAUUGGUUUGAAGGGGUAGCAAAGAAUGCUGGGAAAGUUCAGAUGGAAAUACUGAAAAUGAUUCUUGAAAUGAAUCAUGGGGUGGAAUAUCUGGAGAAAUGGUUGGGUGAUAUCGAUGUUGAUAAGAUGGAUGCGGAAGCAUUACAGUCGAUUUACACAUCAAUGGUGCCAUUAGCUUCUCAUGCAGAUUUAGAGCCGUAUAUUCAGAGGAUUGCUGAUGGAGAGACGUGUCCUUUACUUACUCAGCAGCCAAUCACAACUCUCUCCUUAAGCUCUGGAACCACUGAAGGUAGACAAAAAUACGUCCCCUUCACUUCCCAUAGCUCUAAAACCACUCUCCAAAUCUUCAAGUUAGCUGCAGCUUAUAGAUCAAGGGUUUAUCCAACAAGGGAAGGAGGCAAGAUUCUUGAGUUUAUCUACAGCAGCAAACAGUUCAAAACGAAGGGUGGGCUAUCCGCAGGAACAGCAACAACACAUUACUUUGCAAGCAAAGAGUUUAAGCUCAAACAACAACAAACAAAGUCAUUCACUUGUAGCCCCGAGGAAGUCAUCUUCAGUGGCGAUUACAAGCAAUCAACGUAUUGCCACUUCCUUCUCGGACUCUUUUACUCUCCAGAAGUUGAAUUCAUCACUUCGACAUUCGCCUACUGCAUCGUCCAAUCACUUACCUUGUUCGAAGAUUAUUGGCGAGAUCUAUGCAACGAUAUUUCGACUGGAACUUUGAGUCCUCGGAUCACGAUCCCAUACAUCCGAAGAUCAGUUCUAGAUUUGAUCAAACCCAACUCCGGUUUAGCAAAGUCGAUAAGAUCAAAAUGCGAGGAGUUAGAGGCAUCAGAUUGGUACGGAUUGAUACCUAUGUUGUGGCCAAAUGCAAAGUAUGUGUACUCGAUAAUGACAGGUUCGAUGCAACCCUAUAUUGAAAAACUAAGGCAUUACGCAGGGGACCAUUUGCCAUUAGUGAGUGCAGAGUACGGGUCCACUGAGAGUUGGAUUGGGGUGAACAUGGACCCUUCUUGUGCACCGGAGAAUGUGACUUUCACGGUGGUUCCGACAUUUUCUUACUUUGAGUUCAUACCAUUGCACCGGCCACAUCAUAAAGCUUGCGAAGCCGUUGCUGCUGGUGAUGGUGUUUGUGGUGGUGGUGGUGGUGGUGAAGACUACGUAGAAGAUGAUCCAGUACCAUUAUCUAGGGUGAAGAUUGGUCAACAGUACGAGAUUGUCCUUACGACAUUCACAGGUCUUUAUAGAUAUAGAUUAGGAGAUGUGGUGGAAGUGGCUGGUUUUUACAAAGAAACACCAAAACUCAAUUUUUUAUGUAGGAGGAAGCUAAUCCUCACAAUAAACAUCGACAAGAACACAGAAAAAGACCUUCAGCUAGCAGUCCAAAAGGGUUCCCAACCACUCAUCAAGGCUCAAGCCGAAUUAGUCGAUUUCACGAGCCAUGCAGACAUCUCAAACCAUCCGGGUCACUACAUAGUGUACUGGGAGAUCAAGGGUGAAGUCAACGACCAGAUUUUGGGUCAAUGUUGCAAGGAUAUAGAUGCAGCAUUUGUUGAUUAUGGUUAUGUUGUCUCUAGGAAAACCAACUCAAUUGGGCCUUUAGAGCUUUGUAUUGUGGAACGAGGUACCUUCAAGAAGAUCAUGGAACAUUUUAUUGGGAAUGGUGCAACUAUGAGCCAGUUCAAGACUCCAAGGUGCACAACUAAUCAGGCUUUGUUAAAGAUCUUAAAUCUAUAUACAGUAAAGAGGUUUUAUAGUACAACUUAUAAGUGAUUUGUGAACUCAAGAGGGAUAUAUAAACUCAUUGGGGACAUCAUAUGCUAAUAAAUUUGGUUGCUUGAUUCAACUAAAAACUUGUGCACUCUUGUACGCAUCUCAAGUUCGAUUAGAGUUGGCAAAAAAUUCAUGACACAUAUCGUAAAGUGGUUUAACUUGUGAUAUGGACGUAUUCACAAGUGAUAUUUGCUAAAACUGAAAAGAGGACGUGUCUAUGAUAAUGUCAUAAGAUAGGGAUAGGAAUGUACUCUUGUAUUUAUCUUAGCCUGAAAAGAGGACUUGUCUAUGAUAAUGUCAUAAGAUAGGAAUGUACUCUUGUAUUUAUCUUAGCUUGGACAUUGCGUUUUGUAUAUGGGAGUAGCCAAGAUUUUAAAAUAACGGGAUAUAAAAAUAGACGGUGGGCUUUAGAUA